GGCAAAAGAUUAAGAAGUUUUGAGAUGCAUGUGCAUUUACAAACCCCUAAUAUAAUUGAUUAAUUAAAGUUGAUAACCCUUAGAGAUUGAGAUAGGUCAUUAUCAUGCCUAUAUAAUCAACCAUGAAGGGCUCAUCUCUCUCUCAUUCUCUGAGCUUAUUGAGUUUACUCCAACAUCCUUCCACCCCAUAAAUCUCUCUUAUCUCUCUAACCCAACCAUGGAUAGAAUACAAUCCUGGGUUUCAAUCCUAUUCUUGUUUAUAAGUGUACCUGCGGUGGUGAUAUGGGCAUGCAGGGUGGUGCAAUGGGUGUGGUUGAAGCCAAGAAAGCUGGAGAAAUGGUUAAGGCAGCAAGGGCUGAAUGGUAAUUCGUACAGAGUAUUCUAUGGUGAUACCAAGGAGAUGGCAACCUUGACCGCUAAAGCUAAGUCUAAGCCGAUUAAUCUCUCUGACGAUAUUCUCCCUCGCGUUCUUCCUUUCUACCAUCUCGCUGUCACCAAGUAUGGUAAAAAUUGCUUCGUGUGGUCAGGUCCAGCGCCAAGGGUGAUAAUAUCGGAACCGGAACUAAUGCAAGAGGUUUUUAUGAACAACACCCUAUUUAAGCGCCCAAAACCUCAUCCUCUCGUCAAGUUCCUUGUCUCCGGCUUGGCCUGCUACGAAGACCAGCAAUGGGCUCGCCAUCGCAAAAUUAUUAGCCCCGCUUUCUAUCCCGACAAGAUCAAAUGUAUGGCGCCUUCAGUGACGUCGAGCUGCGAAGAAAUGAUCAUGAAGAAGUGGGAAUUGUUAACCUCGGAGAAGAAUUGGUGCGAUUUUGAUGUGCAGCCGUACCUUGAGGCAUUUACCAGCGACGUGAUUUCAAGAACAGCUUUCGGAGGCAGCUACGUUGAAGGAAACAAAGUUUUUAGUCUGCAAAACGAACAAGCAGAACUCACGCGUCAAGUCAUCCACUCUGUUUAUUCUCCAGAAUGGUGGUUAUUGUCAUCGAAGAGAAGCAGGAGAAUGCAUGAGAUCGACAACGAGAUUCGAGGCCUGAUGAAGGGUUUGAUUGGGAAGAGAGAGAGAGGGAUGAAGGAGAAGGUGGGAGAUGAUGAUGAGGAGAACUUAGACUUGCUGGGAGUUCUGCUGAAAUCUGGGUUUAGCACUGAUGAAGUGAUUGAAGAAUGCCAACAUUUCUACUUUGCUGGCCAAGAGAGCACCUCCGAUUUUCUUGUGUGGAUCAUGAUUUUGUUAAGCAUUCACCAAACAUGGCAGGACCGCGCUAGGCAAGAGGUUCAACAAGUCUUCGGCCACAACAAACCAGAUUUUGAUGGACUCAACCGUCUCAAGAUUUUGACGAUGAUUCUGAACGAGGUUUUGAGGUUGUACCCUCCAUCGCCCUAUACAAUUCGAACCAUGUACGAGGAAACAAAGCUAGGAGAAAUGAAGCUGCCGCCAAAUAUUAUCCUUAUAUUGUCGUCGCUCCUUGUCCAGCGAGAUCCCGACGUGUGGGGGGCCGACGCCGGGGAGUUCAAGCCGGAAAGAUUUGCAGAGGGGGUGGCCAAAGCAACGAAGAACCGGCUGGCGUUCCUGCCAUUCGGGUGGGGUCCGCGUACAUGCAUUGGGAAUAAUUUUGCGAUGAUGGAAGCUAAGAUCGCCAUUGCAACCAUCCUUCAACGCUUCUCUUUUCACCUGUCUCCCUCCUACGCUCAUUCUCCUUGCUUUGUCGUCACUCUCAAACCCCAGUUUGGUGCCCCUCUCGUCCUCCACAAAAUCUGAUUCGCCCUAACUAGCUAACAAUAAUUCUAUUCUCUUUCAUCUUCGUGGCCGGUUUCAUUGCUUUUGCAUGAAAUGGAACUUCAAAAAAUAAGCAUUCAAUAAAUUAAAAAAUAAAUUUUAUGUGAGUGAUUUAUCUUGAUC